AUGUCCGAAAUAGCUGUCGAUGGGCAAGAGGUUAAGCUAGUGGGUGCAUUGUACAGCCCAUAUGUUCACAGGGUGGCCUGGGUGCUGAAACUGAAAGGAAUCCAAUAUGAUCUUGUGGAAGAAAAUCUGAGGGAUCUGAACAAGAAGAGCUCUCUCCCUCUCGAUUGCAAUCCAGUGUACAAGAAAAUACCUGUGCUUCUUCAUCAUGGGAAACCGAUUGUCGAGUCCUUAUUCAUCAUUGAGUACAUUGACAAGACCUGGAAACACAAUCCCAUUUUGCCCGCUGAUCCAUACGAGAGAGCCAUGGUAAGAUCUUGGGCUCGCCUCAGGGAUGAAACGUUACUUGAAGGUUCAAAGAGAGUGUUAUAUCUUGAAGGAGACCAGCUAAAGAAGGAAAUUGAGCAAGUAUCAGAUGCCAUGGCAGUGCUUGAAGGAAUGAUGAAGGGCAAGAAAUUCUUUGGAGGUGAGACGGUAGGGUUCCUGGACAUUGCCUUCGGCUGGACUACCGUAUGGUUGGAAGCCAUUGAGGAAGUUGCUGGCGUAGAAUUCUUCAACCGUGAUAAAUACCCUCACCUUGACAAUUGGAAGAACGAAUUCAAAGAGAUUCAUGCUGUGAAAGACAGCCUGUUCCCCAUGGAAAGCCAUCCCAUAGCCAAAUCUGACACUCUUCAAUGUCGAGAAGCGCCAGAUCUGGCUCAAUUUGGAGCUCUAGAUCUAGUGCUUUCCAAGAGGAGCUUGGCACUCCCUCAAGAGGACCUUGAGGAAGCGCCCUAG